AUGUGCUCCCCGAGCACAUCCGACGUCCGUUUCAUCACUUUUGUAAAUACGACAUAUAUUGAAGCCGAGGGACUUGAAGCAAUAUUUGAUCUACUUUUGAAGAUUGAAGUUGGAUUUCUGGUAUUUAGUUGGAUAGAGUUCCUGUAUCUCUUCUACUUGUUCAUUUUCAUCCGAUCAAUGCAUUUCAAUCUAACCUUCUUGUUCAUGAAUUACGGUGGACAGUACUUUUGCUCAAUGCUUUCAAGAUGUAUUAUAGUCUAUCAGCAACUGGGAAAUGAUCCGAAUAAUGAUCUGCACAAUUGGAUUUUGGUUGCCAAUUUUGCUCGAACAGUCUGCUUAUUUAUUGCAAUGUACAUUCUCCCAAUAUUUAUGAUCGAACGAUGUCUUGCUUCAUUCUUUGUAAAAAACUACGAAAAAUCCCGCAAAAUCUGGGUGUCUCUCAUGAUUCUCUCCAUUUUUCACCCACUUGUUUUUGCAUCUGCUAUCGCAUAUAUACAAUGUUGGAUCCCAGUAGUCGUCCACGUCAUCUCUUUUUUCAUUGUUAAUAUCAUUGGAUACAUAGGGAUUCACAUUUGUUAUUCGUAUAAUAUCAAAAAACAUAGAAAAUUUUAUAGUCCACAAUGUAUUUCAAGAGUUACAUAUGGACUCAGUGAACGAUUUCAGUUGGCAGAAAAUAUCAAAAUGUGUAAAGUUCUGAAAAAAGUUCAAAUUUCCAUUCUCUUCUUCAAUAUUGGAUGUUGUUCAAUUCUUCUAAUGGAUCAUUUUCAAGUGAAAAUGAUGAUAAUCUACUGGUCCUAUGUGUGCUUCAACUUUUUUGCAUUAGUUUAUGGAAUUACUGUGCCCAUCAUUUUGUACUCGGCACUUCCAGAAUGGCAGAAGGAAACAAGAAGACUGUUAAAUCUUUGCAUUGGAAGACGGAAUGUUGGAGAAGAGCCAAAAUCGACAUUUGGAGAGCAAAUGAUUUAUAAUGAUCAUGCUAUAGAAUCAAAUAUUUAUUUUACUCAAUUCAAUAAAACUACACAUUAA